AUGGCGAGGCCUACGUAUACCAAGACACGCCUUGGAGUCACCAAAGCAAGCCACGGCCAAUCGUCCAUUUCAAUACAUUCCCAACACAACAACACCCAACCAAUCUUCGACAGUCUCAGCUUCCAGUACUCUUCAACCAACAAGCCCGCCAAGCAGAUUACCGAGCUCAUGGCCUUCCAAGCAUCAAGCACAGCAGACUUCGAAUCAUCCUUCCCAGCCCCAAAAGCAUCGUGGUCAGACACCGAGGCCGCGAACAGCACCUACCUCUUCCACGGCGUCGACGACACACCAGGGAAGAAAGCAUUCUUCAUCCACCUCGAAGCCAAGCCGGGCAAGGAGGAGCAAGUGGCCAGCUUCCUACGCGAUAUCAACGACGGCGUCAACCAGGAGCCGGGGACUGGGCCGUGGUUUGGGAAUCGAUUCUCCAAAUCCACGUUCUGUAUCUUUGAAGCGUUUCCGGACGCUGAGGCUCGCCAUGCUCACGUCGUCGGUCCGGGAGGGCAGAACUUCCUGAGGCUGGAUUACUUGAGGGAUGCGCUGGCUUCGCCGGCUCAGAUCUACAUGCUUGAUGUAUUGCAUGGCAAGUUUGGAACGAUGUUUGGCGAGAAGAUUGCUCCUGUGUCGUCGUGA